AUGCACUUCUUGCCUAUAGUUGGCAAGGGCCGUAGGCCCAAGUUUGAGUUACAUCUCAAGAUUUAUGAUUUGAAUAAUGUUCCUCUCGUUUCUGGCAACUCGUUCAUCAAAUGGCACCUCACUCAUUCCAUGCACGCGGAGCAUCGCGGUCGCACCAACAAGCAUCCCAUCUCCAACCACAAGGUCGAUUACGGGUACAGUAAGCUGAUAACCGGAAUCCGCAUAUCCGUCGACAAGAACAACAGUCUGUCAGAGUGUCCAUUCGAGCUGGAAAUAUUACAAGAAUUCGGCGUGGCCGAAAAGAUCACUCUCGGUCAUGUCAAGCUCAGCCUCAGUGAGUUCGUCGAGGAAAGCGAAUCCAUUAACCGCGACCUUGGAUCGCCUUCUAGGAAGAGGAGCAGCAUAGGUGUCAAUCCAGCUGGUGGCCAAGACAAAGAUGGGCAGGAGGCAUGUACUGUGGAAGAGGGGAUAGUGCGGAGAUACCUUUUGCAGGACAGCAAAAUCAACAGCACCCUCAAGAUCGGCAUCCUCAUGAUUCAGGUAGAUGGCGAACGAAACUUCAUUUCUCCCGCUUUACGGACAGCGCCCGUGUUCGGCGGGAUUGCCGGCUUGGUUGCCCCUGAGGCCGAGGACGAUACUUCCCCUAUUCCGAACCUAUCCAAACCCAGAGACGCAGCCGAGGUGCAAGACCUCUACCGCCGCACACUAGCCGCCUCUUGGUCACGGCAUCCCAACGAGCUGCCAGUUGACGAGUGCAUCGAGGAUAUAUUCUCCGGCGGAAAUGGCUGGAAAACCAAAAAGCAAUCACAGUCCAACGCCGACAGCGAUGGAGAAGACCCAGGCAACAACGGGGACACACUGAGGCCCAGCGACUUUCGCCGCUACCUCAAACAUCAACGCAGCCGCAGCAGCAAUCUUGGCCGUCAUCGACACACACACAGCGCCUCAAGUGACAAGAGUACCUCCACCGUCACGGGAGGAGGUGCCAAUGCAGCAAGAGGAGACAGGCGAGGCGGCGGCCGCUUGCACCACGACGACAGUAGGGAAUCUCGUCAUGACGACCUCGGGAGCAGCAGGAGCGGCAGCUUGGGAAGUCUAGCCCCGACUCUAGGUAGCAGCAGUGAUGGUGGCAGGGGGGACCUGGGCAUGAGACGUGCCAGAGAAGUAGAUGAGUUUGAGCUGAGAGAUGACUUGGUUGCUUGGAAGUUGCCAAGCGGCGUGACGGUUUAG